UUACCAGGUAGUAUAAAAGUAGUUUUCUUCAUUUUUAUUUUAUGAACCUAACACAGUAGAAGGGCAGGUUUUUGUUUGUUAUGUUCACUUCAGGACGCUAUUUAAACAUUUGAAUAAGAAAGCAUCACAGAAUAAACUGAUCUUCAAAAUGUAAUACAGAAGAAACAUGACGACCAACAGAUGAAAGAAAUACUAUAGAGACAUAAGGUUCCGACUUGUACAAAUCAGACUAAUAGUCAAGGUGAAUAAAUUAGAAAACUACUUUAUUUCGUUAAUCUGACUAGGUGGAAAGGGCUUAAUGUGUAUGACUGAAUAAAAGCCAGUCAUUGAACCAUUAAUUCUGCCCCUAUGUUUAAAAAAGUCAGGUAAAGUGGAGUUUAUAAGCUUUUCAGAAAUACUACAUAGGUCUUAUUCAGGUGUCUGAGGUGCUCUUCAGUGAUUGUGUUUAAACUGUGACAUUGAGCAGCACUGAUUAUUUCAUUAAAAAGUUGAGCCAGUAAAUGGCUGUAAUUUGCCAAGUCAAGAUUGGACAAUAAUUAAGUUGGACGUCUAAAACAUUUACUAUUUUAUGUUCUGCUUUCUGAAUAAAUAAAUAAAUAAACCUCCUAUAGGAUGCACACGAAAAAAAUCAUAUUUGGACAGUAUUUUCAGACAAAGAAAAUAUAAAAUGUUAACUUUACAUCAACCAAAUGAAGUUGAGAGUCUCCUGAAUCAGAUGAUGUUUGACAGCUGUUUGUUGAUGCUUGGGUAUAGAGAUACUUUAGAAAAACUGAAUAAAACAGCACAGGUCAAAAACUGUUCUGAGUCUUGGCAACACUGGCAACAAACAAAAUGUGUAAUAGAAAGAAAGUAGACAUAAACACGUGAUAAAAGCACAAUAACAUAGCAGACUAAUUGUUUGUAUAUUGUAUUUAACUGGGUAACAUCUGUUUUUUUAAAUGCUCACUAUUUGGGAGAAACAUUCUUAUUUAUAACUACCAGACUAUGUAAUUAGAUACAUACGCUUCAGUUCAAAUAUAGUCCUCCCUCCAGCACACUAGAUGGCGCUGUUUCACUUUAUCACCGAUUCUCAGCUAUUACUCAACAGAAGAAGAAAAAGAAGCGCGCUGAUUGGUGGAAAGUUUCGCGGACUUUAUUCCGAGGAGUGAACAAGUGGGUUUUUUUUUUUUUUUCUUUCUUCAACCUGUGUGACUUGUUAAUGACAGAAGAGAGCGGGUCUGUUGUUCACUUCAUUCCGGUCUGCAGCUGUCAGCGGCGGGAGUCUCUCCUCUACUGAUUUCCACUUUGUGUGAGCAGAAAAACUGCAAUCAUGUCUUUGACAAACGGACACUGUGUGAGCAAAGAAACAUGGGAUUCACACAACAAGAUGAUGUUGGAGCCUCUGUCUGUCAGUGACUCUGAGGUGUUCUCCAUCAUAAAAAAGGAGAAGCACAGGCAGACGUAUGGUCUAGAGCUGAUCGCUUCGGAGAACUUUGCGAGCAGAGCUGUUUUGGAAGCUCUAGGUUCCUGUAUGAACAACAAGUAUUCUGAAGGAUAUCCUGGUCAGAGGUAUUAUGGUGGAACUGAACAUGUUGAUGAGCUGGAGAGGCUCUGUCAGAAGAGGGCACUGGAGGCCUAUGGUCUGGACUCAGACAAAUGGGGCAUCAAUGUGCAGCCAUACUCAGGUUCACCAGCUAAUUUUGCUGUCUACACGGCUGUUGUGGAGCCCCAUGGAAGGAUCAUGGGACUGGACCUUCCUGAUGGAGGUCACCUGACCCACGGCUUUAUGACUGAGAAGAAGAAAAUCUCUGCAACAUCUAUAUUUUUUGAGUCUAUGCCAUAUAAGGUAAAUCCAGAGACAGGCUACAUUGACUAUGACAGGCUGCAAGAAAACGCUCGGCUGUUCCAUCCCAAACUCAUCAUUGCAGGUACAAGCUGCUAUUCCCGUAACCUUGACUACGCCCGCAUGAGACAGAUUGCUAAUGAGAACGGAGCAUAUCUCAUGGCGGACAUGGCUCAUAUCAGUGGAUUAGUUGCUGCAGGAGUGGUGCCCUCACCCUUUGAGUACUGUGACAUUGUUACCACAACAACACAUAAGACACUGCGUGGAUGCCGUGCUGGACUUAUCUUCUUCAGGAAAGGUGUGCGGAGUGUAGAUGCUAAGGGAAAAGAAAUCCUGUACAACCUGGAAUCUCUCAUCAAUCAGGCUGUAUUUCCAGGGCUGCAGGGAGGGCCACACAACCAUGCGAUCGCCGGUGUUGCUGUCGCUCUAAAACAAGCCAUGACACCAGAGUUCAAGGCCUAUCAGAUGCAGGUUCUGGCUAAUUGCAGAGCUCUUUCCAGCGCCCUCAUUGACCAUGGCUACAAGAUUGUGACUGGUGGCUCUGACAAUCAUUUGAUCCUGCUCGACCUGCGCAGUAAAGGAACUGAUGGAGGACGAGCUGAGAAAGUUCUAGAGGCCUGUGCCAUUGCUUGUAAUAAGAACACCUGUCCAGGAGAUAAGAGUGCUUUACGCCCCAGUGGCCUGAGGUUUGGCUCUCCAGCCUUGACGUCCAGAGGCCUGGUUGAAGAUGACUUCAAGAAAGUGGCUGCGUUCAUUCACAGAGGUAUUGAGCUGACGUUGGAGGUGCAGAGAAGCAUGGAACCAAAGGCGACUCUGAAGGAGUUCAUUCAGAAUUUGGCGCAGGGGGAGAAGUUCCAGCAGCGAGUGGCAGAGAUCAAGGCUGAGGUGGAGGCUUUUGCUAGUCAGUUCCCCAUGCCAGGCCUACCUGAGCUGUAGAAGAUGGCACCUUAGAUCAAGAUGAUAAAUAUGGUGGUGUGUUUUUGUGUGUAUAUUUGUAUUCACUGCCAACUUGUAAAUCUGUCCAAGCUUUAAUCUGGAGAUAAACCCAAAAUUCUUUUGUAUUAAUUUUGUAAUACCAAAGUCUUUGACUGGCAUUAUAUUACAUUACGUAUUGUGUAUUGAAAUGUGCAAAAUAAACAAUAUUGAAA